AUGUCCACUUUCAAUGCUGAAACUGCUGAUAAUCUAGAAGAUAUCGAAAAACAAUUUGCUGUUGUUGCUGUUGAACAAGCCGAAACUUACUGGAAAUUGCUAACAAGCAUUCCAGGUUCCAAGCUUCGUCUGACGAAGUUCGAUGAUGAAAUUUACGAAAACUUUAUAGAAAGAUUUCCAGAAUACAAGGAUGUUGAAAGAGUCAAAAAGUUUACGGACGGAGAGUUAAAGACCAAAGAAGCCAAGGAAAGAUGGAGAAAAUUCUUCACAAUUUUUGAAAAAAAAAUCGAGGAUUACAACUUCGGUACUUUAUUGAGAACAGACGCCUCAGCUGAGUACGGUGAGUUAACUACGUGCUUUGUUGUGAGACUACAGUUUUAUGCCUUUGAAAUAGCCAGAAACAAACAUGGUUUGAACGAUUGGAUUGUCGGCCACAAAUGA